UUCGAGAAGUGCUGCCCCAAUGUCUGUGGAACGAAGAGUUGUGUGGCCGCUCGGUACAUGGACGUCAAGGGGAAAAAGGGGCCGGUGGGAAUGCCCAAGGAGGCAACCUGUGACCGUUUCAUGUGCAUCCAGCAAGGCUCAGAGUGCGACAUCUGGGAUGGGCAGCCCGUCUGCAAGUGCAAGGACAGGUGUGAGAAGGAGCCGAGCUUCACCUGCGCCUCCGACGGGCUCACCUACUACAACAAGUGCUACAUGGAUGCAGAAGCUUGCAUCAAAGGCAUUACACUGAACGUGGUCACCUGCAGGUACCAUCUCACCUGGCCAAACACCAGCCCUAUCCCACCAGAAACAACAGCUCGCCCUACUACUGCCUACUCUGAGACAACGGUCGUCGACAUCCUGCCGCCCGCGCUCGUGAACAACCCCGUCCAUCAGUCUGUCUACGUGGGAGAGACCGUCAGCUUCCUCUGUGACGUUACAGGGAGACCCAAGCCAGAGAUCACGUGGGAGAAGCAGGUCGAUGGGAAAGACAAAGUCAUCAUGAGGCCAAAUCACGUCAGAGGGAACGUCGUGGUCACCAACAUCGCCCAGCUGGUCAUUUACAACACGCAGCUGCAGGACGCAGGAAUCUACACCUGCACCGCCCAGAACAGCGGUGGCCUCCUCAGGGCUGACUUCCCUUUGUCAGUCAUCAAAGGAGAACCUGCAUCCAAAGAGGCUUCCCAAAACAAAACACAUUUCCCAACCGAUGAGUGCCUGAAGCAACCGGACAGCGAAGACUGCGGGGAAGAGCAGACCAGGUGGUACUAUGAUGCAAAGAAAAACAACUGCUUUACUUUCAUCUAUGGGAACUGUAACAGCAACCUCAACCACUUUGAGACCUACGAGAGCUGCAUGUUAACGUGCAUGAACGGCCCCAUCAACAUCUGCAACCUGCCAGCCCUCCAAGGCCACUGCAAGGCCUACGAGCCCAGGUGGGCCUACAACAGCUUGACAAAGCAGUGCCAGUCCUUCAUCUACGGCGGGUGUGGAGGCAACGAGAACAACUUCGAGAGCCGGGAGGCCUGCGAGGAGAUGUGCCCCUUCCCGAAGAACACGCACUGCAAAGCCUGCAAACCCCGCCAGAAGCUGGUGACGAGCUUCUGCAAAAGCGACUUCGUCAUCCUGGGCCGCAUCACGGAGCUCACCGAAGACCAAGACUCGGGACACGCCCUGGUGACGGUGGAGGAGAUUCUCAAGGAUGAAAAAAUGGGAUUAAAAUUCCUGGGGAAGGAACCCCUAGAAAUCACGCUCUUGAACAUGGACUGGAGCUGCCCGUGCCCCAACAUGACCACGGUGGAUGGCCAGCUCAUCAUCAUGGGGGAUGUCCACAACGGCAUGGCUGUGCUGCAGCCAGACAGCUUUGUGGGGACCUCCAGCAUCCGGCGCGUGCGCAAGCUCCGCGAAGUCAUCCACAAGAAAACCUGCGAGCUUUUGAAAGAGUUCCUGGGAUUGCAUUAACCCCCCCUCACACGUGUCGGCCGCCCCGCUCCGUGUGGUACGUAGGGCUAACAAGAGCUAGGCUAUAGUGCACAAACUAAAGAGCUGUUUGAAGGUACACCGUAGGAAUUAUGCAGAGCCCCUAUUUUAAUCCACUAAUGAUGCUUAGCAACAACGUAGUUUGGUCUUUGGCAAGCACGUAAACCAGCAGCAAAAGGCUAUUAAUCUUGCAUUGAAAUCAAUUCGUCCAUAUAGGAGUGCCAUUUAAAUAGGUGACUCACUGCAGUAAUUAUGCAAUUUUUAUGUAGCUUCCAUCAUAAAUGACGGAAUUCAUAGUGUUUGUUUGGCUAGUUGGUACACAGCUAAAUAAUAUAUAAUGUCAAUUUAAUCUGUCUCGUUUUCAGUCUGGAAAUGCGAUGGUAUGUCGUUGUAAGUAAGUCACAUGCUUGGCUCCUUAUAGCAGCACUAAUAUUUCAAGAGAAAAGCCUGUAAAUUAUUGUCUGUAUUUACAAUUGUGAACAUUUAACCAACCUAUGCAUUAUGUUUGCUUCUUUUAAUUGAAAUUGUCCCUUUUCUUUUUAAAAACCUCAUUUUUAAAUGGCAACUACUACCUAUCUUGCAAUCCUUUCUGGAGGAAAAACUCCCUUGAUCCUAUGCCCAGGACAACAGGUCCCUGUAGAAGCUCAAGGCACAGUCUCACCCUGAAAUGACUUUUCUGUCACCAGAACAAGGUCAGCAAACACCCUCAUUCCCUAUUUUAAUUUCAAUCAAUUUAUUGUCUAUCACAAAAAGUCCCAGGCAGAAGGACAGCAGAGUGCUGUCUUGCUUUUGAAAAUGCUUUCC